AUGGUAAAGAAACUUUCUGACCUGUGCUUGGAAUGUGUUGGAACAAAUCUGGACACAAUCAGUCGUGUGGGGAAUUUCCUUCCAACAAUAUACAAAGAAUUGUUAUUGGAACGCCUGGCUUGCCAUGAUAGACUCACCCCAGAUUAUCUAAGACAUAUCAGUUAUCAUCUGUUUUCACCAGCAUUGACCAGGAUAUGUUUUUACAAAUGCCAGCAAGUCACAGACGAUGUACUCAGAAAUAUUGAAAAGUCCUCUUGUAAAUUGCAGUCAAUUACAGUACAUGGGUGCAAUGAAAUUUCAGAUGUUGGAAUAAAGUCACUUGUAUCAAAUCAAGAUGAGCUGCACACUUUAGAGUUAAGAAAGCUUCCCCAUCUAACCUUCCAAGGACUUCAGCAUGUGUCAUCUCCUGUCUUGCUGCAUGUAGAUUUGAGACAGUGUGCAAAACUAGAGAAUGAUGGAGUUCAAAUCUUGGUAACAAACAAUCCAACGAUUAGAACAUUGUUAAUUCCAUUCUGUGGUAAACUCUGUGAUGAAAUUGUAAUACAUAUUGCGCAGACACUACUGUCAAACUUGGAAAUUCUUGAUAUUGGUGGUUUAUAUGAUCUUGGUGAUGGUAGCGUAAGUGUCCUUGCACAGAAAUGUCAUAAUCUGAAAAAAUUAGUUCUUCAUGGUUGUAGCAGAGUCACCAAAGAAGGUCUUAAACAAAUUGGAAGUAAUUGCAAAUAUCUUCAAAACCUAGACCUAGCAUACUGUUACAAAGUGAGCUCCACUGCAGAUUGUGAAGGUUUGUUACAUUUACCAAGCAGUCUAGAAGACCUUUCAUUAUGUGGAAUACAAGUCAACGGUCAACAUCUUCCGGAUAUCCUGUGUAGACUGGUACACUUACAAAGUGUCAAACUCUGUGGGAUAAGUACUCUGAGUGAUGAAAACAUGGAAAAGAUAUUCAGUUCAUUAGGUCCACAGCUAGAUCUGGUAGAUCUAAACUGUUGUGGUGGUGUUGUCACCGAUUCUAUUCUCCGUUCUAUGGUCAAUCACUGUAAAAAUUUACAAUCCUUGGCUUUGUCAUUUUGUACAAAAGUUAGUGGUGAGACCCUGUAUCCAUUGUUAGAAGACAGGAAGAGAGCUGAAAAUAUUACAACACUGGUAUUAAGUGCCUGUAUGUCGGCAUUAUAA